AUGGCUGUAAACAUCCCAGGAGUGGUAGCGAUGGUGUUUUUCUACCUGCUGGUCCUUGGAACUGGCAUCUGGGCUUCCUUCAAGUCCAAAAAGGAACAGAAAAAGAGUGCAGCUACCAGAAUGGACAUGGUCCUGCUGGGAAACCGAAGCCUUAACCUAGUGGUGGGGAUCUUUACAAUGUCAGCUACGUGUAUUGGUGGAGGCUUCAUUGUCGGCACAAGCGAGAUGGUGUACACACCGUCUUUGGGACUAAUCUGGGCCAUCAUCAUGUUUUCUGCAUAUGCAGUGUCUUACAUUUUUGGUGGCCUUGUAUUCGCCAAGCCUAUGAGAGACCGAAAAUAUGUGACCAUGUUGGACCCUUUUCAGAUCAAGUAUGGAAACGCAGUCACAGCCGUUCAGUCCCUGGCUUCACUUAUAGUUGAUAUUACCUGGGUUCCUUCAACACUGAUGGGUUUAGGUGCAACUAUGAGUGUGAUUUUGGAUUUGUCCUAUAAUGUGUGCAUCUGGAUCUCUGCUGCUGUGGUCAUCAUUUACACACUGCUGGGGGGUCUCUACUCUGUGGCCUACACAGAUAUUAUACAGCUCAUCCUCAUAUUCAUCAGCUUGUGGAUCUGUGUCCCCUUUCUCCUGACGAACCCCUACUCAUUAGACAUCACUCAGACGGCCCUAAACAACACCCUACACGCUCCCUGGUUUGGUCAACUGGAAGCAAACAUGGCCUGGAGGGCGAUCGAUUAUUUCUUAUUUUUGGGAGGCGGGAACCUGGGAUAUCAGGCCUACCACCAGAGAACCUUGUCGGCUUCUUCCUCAGCCACCGCUCAGAUCACAUCUUUUGCAGCUGCUUUCUGUAUGUUUGUAUUUGGGACUCCAUCUAUACUGAUCGGGGCAGUGGCAGCAUCCACAGUCAGUGAUGGCCUGGUCUGUUACGCCAUGCUGUGCAACUUGAGCCUUGCACCUCAGGACUGCGGUUUCUGCUGUGAGUGUAAGGGCCUCCUCUGGAGGCGCUUUGGUGCCCGGAGGAGGGGCUUUAUGAAGAUGGACACCAAUGGGCGGUGA